UCUCAAUGAUGAAGAGGUGCUGUUCACACCGGCAGUAGAGCUGUGAAGAGCAGAUCGGUGGGCUGCACUUCAAACAUCGUGCAGACCACGACUGUGCAUGCAGGAAGGAGGGCUCUGCACCACUCUGCUGCAAUGAUCCCAUUUGACAGAGCCGAGAAGAAGGUUACAGGUGGGGCGUAGUUUGAUAUCUCACUGAAUUAUCUCACAACAGGCUCCAACAAACACCACAAAGACGUGCUAUUGUUGUCUGCAACAUAGAAAAUGGACCAAAAGUGGAUUCUGGUGAUUCUGAUGAUUUUUCGUGAAAUUACUUCAGGAGCUGGUGUAGACAUGGCAAUAAAGGAAGGGAAGCCGGCUCAAAUCGAAUGUGAGCCUCGUGAAAAGGGCACCUUAGUUGUGUGGUUUCGACAUCUGGACAGAACUGGCAUGGAGUUCCUUGCGUCUUUCACCAACAAUGGUGUGCAAAAGGUCACUGGAAACUCCUUUUCACAAUUAUUCAGUCACUCCAAGGAGUGGCCAAUUUAUUUAACUCUGAAGUCUUUCAACCAAUUUCGGGACAGCGGUGUUUACUGCUGUGCUUCGCUCAAAAACAGUGAACUGAAAUUCGGCAACGCAACACGACUGGUCCUAGAAAAAGUGAAAGUAGUAAAAGAAACAUCGCCCCCCACUCAGCUAAAUACCUGCACGACUGCCUUGCCAUGUGUUUGUGAGCACACUAACCAGCAAGAUACCACUCCUGAGAUGUUUUGCUCUCUAAUCAUUCUGGGCCCACUGGCUGCCAGCUGUGGCCUUCUCCUUAUACUCCUCAUCAUCACCACCUUCUACUGCAACCACAUAAGGACACGGAGAUGCCCACACCAUUACAAAAGAAAGCCGGUGGCUGCUCCUGGAAAACAACUGAUGGCCAACAGCCAUGUUUAAUCCAAACGGUGAAACUGCACAUUCUUUUACCGUGAUGUUUUACUGUUGCUAAAUAUUUUGUGUCUUAUGUCAGCUUAAUGACGUUCAUGGUCGAUGUUUUUCUGCAAGCUUAAAAAAUAUGCAUUGUUUUUGAUCCUUAAUAAUGAAAAUGUUCAGUUUAUAAAAUACUUCAUUGUCAAAGUUUUACCUGCAUUGAUAGCGACAGUAAAAUAAUGCUUUGCUUUCACAUUCAGAUCGAACUCUGAUUGGAAUAACAUGAAAUCAAAUGUGUAUUUAUCCGCUCUCCAUGAAUGUUAAAAAUAUACCAUAUAGCCAAAUGACAGUUUAAUCUGAAUCCCGUGGACUUCUCAGCACUGUACAUUCAUGAUUGGUAUUGAACAUUUUAAAACUAUAACAUAACCUUCCUUUAGUUUAAAAUAUAACUUACAACUUAAGAUAUAAAGAUAAUGUGCCCUGAUUAACCAAAAUAUAAAAUGAAAUGUUGGAACAUUUUAGAGUUUUGUUUUUAUUUAGUUAUUUAGUUUAUUUUGUAAUUGGUAUCAGACAGUUAGUAAAAAUACUUUAUUCGGUAGAAUUGGAUGUACAGUAUUUGUAAAUUACCCUAUUUUUGUGGUUUCUUUUGUAACUUGAAAUUUUAAACAAAUAAAAGAUAUUGUCACUCAAUUAAAAACAACCAA